AUGAUAAUAUCCCGGUUCCAGAAACUUCUGCUUGUUUUUGUCUUUGUCAUUGGACUUGCCAGAACAGAGUCCCUGCUGGGCUUGACGGAGAACAUCGAAAUAGACUCUUUUUCCGGCGGCGCUGAUGGCGACGACACGGGAAAAUGCCCGGUCUGUUUCAAUUGCAAUCUAGCAGAUUUUGAAUGCAAACAGUUUUCCACUUGCAAUAAGUUUACAGGCAGAUGUGAAUGUGUGUCUGGCUUUGGUGGUGAUGAUUGCUCUCAGCCAUUAUGUGGUGGCCUAGGUGAUGGAAUCAACAGGCCAGGAAGAGGCGACGAUCAAAAAUCUUGUGCAUGUGAAGAUGGAUGGGAUGGAAUCAACUGUAACGUUUGUACAGAAGAUUCUGUGUGUGAUUCUUUCUUGCCCGGAGAUUUGAAAGGUACAUGCUACCAGCAAGGAAUCAUCGUCAAGAACUUCCAUCAGAUGUGUGAUGUUACCAAUAAAAAGAUCGUUGCAAUUCUCGACGGCAAAAAGCCUCAGGUGACGUUCAAUUGCAACAAGACCAGUGAGGCAUGCAACUUUCAAUUUUGGAUUGCUGAAAAGGAGAGUUUCUACUGCGAGUUAUCGAAGUGUGCUUUCGAUUACAGUCUGGGUAAAAACUCCACUCACUACCAAUGCGAGGAAGUAUCAUGCAAAUGCUUGCCUGAUAGAAUGCUGUGCGGUGAGGCAGGGUCCAUUGACAUUUCUGACUUCUUGACAGAGACCAUUCGGGGCCCAGGCGAAUUCACUUGUGAUGUUGCUAAAAGACAGUGCAAGUUCUCUGAACCGAGCAUGAACGACUUGAUCACGAAUGUGUUUGGUGAUCCUUACAUCACUUUGGAAUGUAACUCCGGUGAGUGUAUUCAUUCCAGUGAGAUCCCUGGCUUUGUAACACCCGAUAAACCACGCUUUUCUUGGAGACAACUGGCGACCAUUGCAGGUGCAAUUGUUGGUUGUGGCGUGGUCAUUGGACUGGCUGCGUUUGGAGUUUCCAAGUCUCCUCUUUUUGCGACAACUGGGAUAUCUCUCUCGGAGAGCGACGAUGAUGCUGAUGCGGACGCCUCUUUGCUUGCCAACGAAAGACCAGCCACAUUCUCUUUUGAAAAGGUGUGUUACUCUAUAAACGGAAAAGAGAUUUUGAAGGAUGCUUUUGGUGUUGUCAAGAGUGGAGAAUGUCUCGCCAUCAUGGGUGGAUCUGGUGCUGGCAAGACGACGUUGCUUGAUAUUCUUGCCGGCAAGAACAAAGGAGGCGAAAAGAGCAGCUGUCUGUACAUCAAUGGAGAGAAACUGACCACAAAGGAGGACCUAUACCAUUUCAAAAAAAACAUUGGAUUUGUGGACCAGGAGGACUACCUGAUUCCCACACUGACAGUGUACGAGACUGUCUUGAACAGUGCAUUACUGAGACUUCCAAGGAGGAUGAGCUUCAAAACGAAGCACGCAAAAGUCAUUCAGAUUUUAGCCGAACUCAGAAUUCUGCAUGUAAAGGACAAGCUGAUUGGUUCAGAUUUUGAAAGAGGCAUUUCCGGAGGUGAGAAGCGGAGAGUUGCCAUUGCAUGUGAGCUUGUGACAUCACCUUCUAUUUUGUUCUUGGAUGAACCAACUUCGGGCCUGGAUGCCUUCAAUGCCCAUAAUGUUGUGGAGUCUUUGGUUCGUUUGGCUCGCGAUUUCAAAAGCACCAUCAUCUUCACAAUACACCAGCCACGCAGUAACAUUGUUUCUCUUUUUGACAAACUGCUGCUUCUAUCUGAGGGAAAUCUCGUUUACUCCGGAGAAAUGCUCAAGUGCAACGAGUUUUUCAGCUCUAACGGUUACAAGUGCCCACCCGGCUAUAAUAUUGCAGAUUAUCUGAUUGAUAUCACCUCAGAGGAGAAGUCUCCAUCAUCGGAGUUUUCAGAGUCAUCAGCUGUUGAUUUUGGAUUUGAGGAAGCCACCGUACAUACUGACAUCCAUACUCUUCCAGUUGUAACUCAGGACGAAGUGGACGAUCCAACAAGUGAGUGGGAACACUAUGCGGUUCAUCGUGACGAGUUCAAUAACUCAAUUGGCCUCGCAAGGAACAGGAACAGCAAAGUCACGUCUACAAUUUCCACGAAACAGGGCAAGAUCAACACCAUUUUCCAGAAAUCCUCAUUGGCUGAAGAAGUUUUGAACCAGAUCAGAGACUUACAAACUGCGUAUGAACAGAAUUCCCGAGAGGCUUCUGUGGAAAGCGGUUCGUUCUUCAAGGUGGAUCCAGGUCACGUUAAGGCUGGAUUUUUCACUCAGUUGUUGAUUCUGUGCUCCAGAACCUUCAAGAACUCAUACCGUAACCCACGUUUGUUAAUGGGUCAUUACAUUCUUUCCAUCAUCAUGGGUCUCUUUUGCUCGUACCUUUACUACGAUAUCAAGAACGACAUCUCUGGGUUCCAGAAUAGAUUGGGUCUGUUUUUCUUCCUUUUGACAAUGUUUGGAUUCUCGUGUCUCACUGGAUUGCAUUCGUUUUCCAUUGAGCGUAUUGUCUUCAUCAGAGAGAGGUCGAACAACUACUACAACCCAUUGAGUUACUAUAUCAGCAAGAUCCUUUGUGACGUGAUACCUUUGAGGCUUUUCCCACCAGUGAUUCUUCUUGCCAUUAUCUACCCUCUAGUUGGCUUAGAUAUGCAGGAGCACAAAUUUUUCAAGUGUGUGGGGAUCCUGGUGCUUUUCAACCUGGCGACAGCAGUGGAGAUUUUGAUCAUUGGCAUUCUGGUUAAAGAGCCUGGUGCUGCAACAAUGAUUGGAGUUCUGGUAUUGUUGUUCUCUCUGCUUUUUGCUGGCUUGUUCAUCAAUAAAGAGACCAUUCCCAUUCAAAUCGACUGGAUACAGAGUCUUUCGGUUUUCCACUACGGAUACGAGGCGCUUAGUGUUAAUGAAGCUAACGGCCUUACUCUCAAAGAGAAGAAAUACGGUUUGGAUAUUGCUGUUCCUGGAGCCGUGAUAUUGUCGACAUUCGGAUUCGAUGUUGGUGCAGUGAACUUCGAUAUGUGGUGGUUGGGUGGAUUGCUUGGAGCAUUCCUGGUGGUUGGCUAUAUUGGACUGCAUUACUUUGUCUAUGAAACCAGAUGA